AGGUCGUCCUUGGUCUCUCCACCCAACCCCAUCACCUCCAGCGCCCAUUCCCCCCAGACAUACUUCAUGGCCGUCACAACACGCAAGAAAGCUGCCCCAGCAGCAGCAACAAAGAAAGCCGCUGCCGCUCCGAAGAAGCUUGCAGCAAAGCGUACAGCAACGAAGGCCCAGGCUGAACCACAAUCGGCGGAGGAAGAGUCAGAGUCAGAGGAAGAAGGCCAGGAUAGUGAAGAGGAAGGUGAUAGCGAGGACGAAGAGGGGGAGGAGGAGGAGUCAGAGGAUGAGGCGAUGGACGCUACGGACGAGAGCAGCGACGAAGAAACAUUCAAAAUCCAUACCCCCAAGGCCUCUACACAAACCAAGGUCGCGCCAGCUGCUCUACCUACCGUGGCAUACGAAGACGAUAGCGAGGAGGAUGACAGUGAUGCAGCACCUGAGGCAGAGUCAUUGUCAAAUGCCAAAGCCAAAGUUUUGAGUGCCCAGGAUAAAGAGCAGUCGUUCUUGUCAAAGGUUCAAGCAGAGCAAAAGGCAAAGCGAGUUGAGCGGGAGACAAAACUGAAGGCACAAAAGGAGCUGUCGAAAAAGAAGACGAGCGUAAAGGCACAGGAACCAAAGAAGAACAAAGAUGGAGAAGAGUCAAAAACAACAAAGUCAGGACUUCCAACGAUGCUACCCAUGGAUAUCCUUGAGUCAGUCGUACAGAUGGAUGCUCAGGGGUCAUCCAGUACUCAGGGAUCAUUAAAGGCGAACGACAAAAAGAGGAAACACAUGAGGCCAGAAGACUUUGCAUUGAUGGAGCUGGAGGCUGAGUUGAAGGCUGAGACCCAAAAGAGGAAGAAGGCUGAGAAAAUCCAAAGGAAUGUUGGACCCGUCACUGUCAAGGUCUUGGAGCGAUUACACUUGGCCAAGGGCCAUGCAAUCCCGGAGACGAUUGUGGAUUUUAGGAAACAGCAUUUUUACGGAGCAAAGGUUCAGCGUAAAGACGCAGUUCUUAACCUGUCGCAAAGGAACAACAGCGCUGCAUCGAAGUUCAAUCGACGCAAGUAAACCCUGUUUACACCAUUCCAGCGGCACUUUUGUAUUUUGGCAUCACAUUCAUCGUUAUUAUUCAAAAUAAAA